GAAACGUGCAGCGAUUCUUUCUAGAAUCCUGUAGCUCUCUCUAGCUAGCUCAUGCUCGCUGGGUUUAUCAAAGUUUUUUCCAGUAUAUUAUCAGCAACAGCAGGAAUAUACCCACAUAGCGAUUUUUAAACAGUGCUUUUGCUUCUAUAAGGUUUGUGGAUUCACGACUUUGAUUAGCCACAGAAACUUAUUUUAGGUAAAUCACAGGCUAAUAUUCCUGGCGUUAGGAUCGUCCUGGCACAAUGUCCAGAAUAGAUUACAGUGUUUGGGACCACAUUGAGGUGUCCGACGAUGAAGACGAUACCCACCCAAAUAUCGACACUCCGAGCCUGUUCAGAUGGAGACAUCAGGCACGUGUUGAGCGAAUGGAAGAAUUUCAAAAGAAGGGUGAAGAAUUAAAUAAAAGCCUCAGUGAUUGUCGACGCAAGCUUGCAGAUACACAGAAGAAAUUAAAAGAGCUGAGUUUGUCAACAACAGAUGAUGCAAAAGCAGAGCUCAACAAAGUCCAGGCUGAGGAGAAGAAACUUAAAAAGGAGGAGCGAGAUUGGGAGAAAAAAAUAGAUGACUAUAAUCGAGAAGAGAAAAAGAUGCCCUGGAAUGUUGAUACGCUCAGCAAAGAUGGUUUCAGUAAGAGCAUCGUAAAUGUCAAACCUGAAAGAGAAGAAACUGAAGAGGAGAAGGAGCAAAAACACAAAACCUUUGUUGAGAAAUAUGAAAAGCAGAUUAAGCAUUUUGGCAUGUUGCGACGUUGGGACGACAGUCAAAAAUAUCUGUCUGAUAAUCCACAUCUAGUGUGUGAAGAAACCGCAAACUACUUAGUUAUUAUGUGCAUUGACCUUGAAGUUGAGGAGAAACAUGCCCUAAUGGAACAGGUUGCCCAUCAGACCAUUGUUAUGCAGUUCAUUUUAGAACUGGCCAAGAGUCUAAAGGUGGAUCCUCGUGGUUGCUUCCGACAGUUUUUUGCUAAAAUUAAGACAGCAGACCAGCAGUACCAAGAUGCUUUCAAUGAUGAGCUAGAGUCCUUUAAGGAGCGUGUUCGUGGUAGGGCAAAGAUUCGCAUUGAAAAGGCAAUGAAAGAGUAUGAAGAAGAGGAGAGACAAAAACGACUGGGGCCAGGCGGACUAGAUCCUGUUGAAGUUUAUGAAUCUCUUCCAUCUGAAAUGCAGAAAUGCUUUGACGAGAAGGAUAUCCAGAUGUUACAAGAUGUAAUAAGCAAAAUGGACCCCACAGAGGCAAAGAUUCACAUGAAAAGAUGCAUAGAUUCAGGACUGUGGGUCCCAAAUGCAAAAACAGAUGAAGGAGAGGAAAAGGAGGAGGAGGCCACAUAUGAGGAAGUAAAACAGGAACAAGAAGAAUCAAAGAAAGAGUGACCAACUGUGUUUGUGUGAAAAUGUAAUCCAAAUGUAUUUGCUGUCACUGUAUUGCAUCUCUACCACAUGUAUGCAUAGUUUGCCCAACAAUUAAAUAAUAUUGUAGUUAGAUGAAGCCAAUUUACUGCACAGCGCCUUUUUUUUUUAAAAUUAUUAAUCUGCCAGAAAUGUCUUGGUCUUUUACAUUUGUUACUUUUGCUUGAUGCAUUAGACUAUAUUCAGUUCAGCUUCAUUCCUUUUUAUGAACUGUAUGAUAGGGUUGUUUUCAAUUACUGUCAAUAAUUCCCUGAACAAACGAAGUCUUCACUCUUGUGUAUUUCUUACAACAUUUCAAUAAUGAUAAUCUGUAACAACAGCUAAUGCAUGGGUUAUUUUAUGCACUUGAGUCUCCUGACCAGUGUUGUAUGUGCUUCUAAAGAGGAGAAUGUGAGUUUCAUUUAUCAACGCAAUGGUGUAUGACUGGUAUUUUUGCACUGCAAAGAGGGUUGUUUGCAGCUAUAAAAUGUGAAAAUAAAAGCUGUUAAGCUAA